AUGACUCAAAUUCUUCUCGGCACAAAAUUCAUAUUUCUCAGCCCAAGCACGAUCAUUGUCUCUAGCAUGCAUAGUUUUGCCACCGACGAGUGCCGAAUUCCAGGCGGUGGAUAUACGUUGAAUGCUGGAGCUGCGAAUAUUAAAGCUGGGGUCACGAUUAGCCUUCAAAUCAUAAACGAGGCGAAAAUCGAUGAAGAUAGAAAACGUUAG